AUGUGGGUACAAGAUAUUUGGCGAACGGGUUGCCAAUGGGACGAUCUUAUAGACGACGUGUCCUACCAGAAAUGGAUUCGUUGGUCGCAAUUGCUAUCGAGCAUUGAACGGUUUAAAGUUCCGCGAUCCUAUUUCGGCGCAGCAAAGGCAAGCGAAAUUGAGGAUAUGCAGCUUCAUAUCUUCACAGAUGCUAGUGAGACAGCUUACGGUUGUGUGGCGUAUUUGCGAGCAGUAAUCAGAGGUGAAGUUAAGUGCGCUUUGGUGAUGAGCCGCUCGAAAGUGGCCCCACUAAAGCAAGUAUCGAUCCCACGGUUGAAACUUCUAGGUGCAGUUUUAGGAGCGCGUUUAGUACGAACGGUGCACGAAAGUCAUAGCUUCCAAAUUAACAAACAGUUUAUUUGGACCGAUUCGCAGACAGUGCUGUCUUGGAUCCGGUCCGAUCAACGCAGAUACAAGCAAUUUGUUGGGUUCAGAAUUGGAGAGAUCCUGAGCCUAACGAAACUCACAGAAUGGUUUUGGGUACCAACGAAGUUGAAUGUAGCUGAUCAGUUAACCAAAUGGAGUAAAGACUUCGAUCUUCUCUCAGACAGUACAUGGGUUAACAGUCCAAGGUUUUUGUACCACGCAGUGGAAGAUUGGCCAAUGAAGAACUUGCCACCAGCAAAUACGACAGAAGAGCUACGGGUCCAUCUACUUCUGCAAGACGUAGUUGUACCGGAAAGUUUCAUCGACUUCCGUCGAUUUUCCAAGUGGACCGUGCUUGUCCGAACCAUGGCUACGGUGCAUCGAUUCGCGACGAAUUGUCGGAAAAAGUCCGAGGGAUUGCCGAUUGAAACGCUGAAAGCAACGCCAAAUCAGAGAAAGUUGAUGGUCACAUGUGCAAUUCCAUCAAGGCGUGUACCAUUACAGCAGGAGGAAUAUCAGAAAGCAGAACGAGCACUAUUGAAGAUAGCACAGCUAGAUGCUUACAGGGACGAGUUGGCGGUUUUGCUGCGCAACAAGGAGCGGCCAAUCAGCGAGUGGCUGACUAUCGAAAAAUCAAGUGUGCUAUACAGGCUGACUCCUCUGAUCGAAGAAGAUGGGCUGAUUCGCAUGGAAGGGCGCGCGGCGAAUGCGGAGUUCCUCCCCUUUGACUUGCGAUUUCCAAUCAUCGUACCGGAUGAUCAUCCGAUUGCGAAGUUGAUAGUGCAACACUAUCAUGAAAGGUUUGGCCACAUGUAUAGGGAAACAGUUAAGAACGAGUUGAAGCAGCGGUUUCACAUACCAAAAGUCAAUGUAGUAUUACGGAAAGUGUCAACGUCAUGUCAAUGGUGCAGGGUGCGCCGCAGUCGUCCGCAAGCUCCACGGAUGGCACCAUUGCCGGUACAAAGGUUGACUCCAAAUAUUCGACCAUUCAGCCAUGUUGGAGUCGACUAUCUGGGUCCAUUCGAGGUAACGGUCGGUCGCAGAAAGGAAAAGCGGUGGGUCGUAUUGUUCACCUGUAUGGUAGUUAGAGCCGUGCAUGUAGAAGUGGCGCAUAGUUUGACGACGCAGUCAUGCUUGAUGGCGAUUCGACGGUUUGUGUGUCGUAGAGGACCUCCCAGCGAAUUCUUCUCGGAUAACGGCACGAAUUUGCGAGGAGCGAGUAAAGAAGUCAUUAGCAUGAUGCAAACCAUUGGACUGGAUUGUGCCGACGAAUUCACGAAUGCGAGAACUAAAUGGACGUUUAAUCCACCCGCCACACCGCAUAUGGGUGGUGUGUGGGAGCGGCUUGUUCGGUUAAUCAAGGACGCACUGGAGGCGUUGAACGACGGUCGGCGAGUGACUGACGAAAUUUUGCAGACGUCCAUUAUUGAAGCGGAAGAGAUGGUGAAUUCUCGUCCACUCAUCUAUAAUUCAGAGCAGUCACUGGAAGCAGACGCACUAACUCCAAACAAUUUCUUGCGGGGCGUUUCUCCAAAUGAACCACAUGCAACCCCACCUCCAGUAAAUGCAGCAGAAGCCUUGCGGGAUUCCUACAAACGGUCCCAACAAAUUGCAGACGAGAUGUGGAAGAGGUGGGUUAAGGAAUACGUACCGUCAGUGAAUCAAAGAACGAAGUGGUUUGAGGAGUCAAAGCCAUUGAAAACAGGGGAUUUGGUUUACGUUGUUGAGGGGGCAAACCGGAAGUCAUGGGUUCGAGGGAUAGUUGAGCAGCCAAUAGUCUCCGGAGAUGGAAGAACACGUCAGGCUUGGAUACGCACCAAGAGCGGUGUAUUCAAACGCGCGGCAGUAAACUUAGCGGUGUUGGAGAUUAAUGGUGGUAACGCUGGACCAGAAUCUUGCGCUGGACCAGGAUUACGGGCCGGGGAAUUGUUCGGAACAACAACCGUGGCAACACUGCCGGCGAUCGGUGCGAGAAAUGUGCUACAUGGGUGA